UCAAGCCAGCUUCUCUCAUCUCUGGAUCCCAGUAACCUAUCCCAUUCCAAGCCUAAUACACCGCAGCUUCUUACUCGUUUCCCUUCAUAAGCCGCUCGGUCACCUCUUUGAAACAAAGAUGAAGAUCGGGAAGGAGCUCCUGAAGAAGGCGGCAGCGAUGUGCAAGAGCAAGACCGCCAGGCUCCUCAUCCUUGCCACACCGCAGCACCGUAGGAUGGCGAAAACAGCGGUGGUCUCUCACAAGAUCGACGCGCUCAUUAUGGCCAACUGGGAGAGAGUGGGGCGCCACAAGGCUCUCGCGAUGUGCACGGUCGAGAAGAAACCGGUCAUCAUCCAUGAGGGUGACUUCGCGGUCAAUUUCUCUCAUCACUUAGCAAUUAUCGAUCAAGAGAAUGGUCAUGGUGGCUGCCUAGCUGAGAGGACACGGCAUCCCCUCUUCAACGACGACCACAAGAACAAUCAUUACACUGACGACGAUGAUGUGCUACUUGAUUCAUGUGAUCAAGACGAUGAUGAUGAGCCAUCAGUCAUGGAUGUUAUUAGGAGUAACCGCGAAGUUGAGGGGUUGGAGUUCAACAUGGAGGAAGAGAUUGACCAGGCUGCUGAUAUGUUCAUUAGGAGGUUCCGCCAGCGGCUGAAUGAGGGAUUUUAGGGUGACGUUUGCACAUGAAUGUUAUCAUCAUUUUAGGUGCGCACAGAUUAGAAAAUUUUGUAGAAAUCAAUAUGAUUGAGUAGGAGUUCAGACU